AAAAGCAACAUGGCGUCUAGCGAGGAGGUUGUUGCUCCCAGUAAUGAAGAGGAGGUUACAGAGACUCCAGCAGCACAGAAGAGGGAAGAGAGACUUAGAAAGUUCAGAGAGCUUCAUUUUAAGAGGAAUGAGGCCCGUAAGCUGAAUCAUCAGGAGGUGGUGGAGGAGGACAAAAGAUUGAAGCUGCCGUCAAACUGGGAGGCCAAAAAAGCACGUCUAGAGUAUGAGCUCUUGGUUGACCAGAAGAAAAAGGAGUGUGCGGAGCGUGGUGAAGAUUACGACCGUGUGAAGCUCCUGGAGAUCAGUGCUGAAGAUGCAGAGAGAUGGGAGAGAAAGAAAAAGAAGAGAAACCCUGAUCCUGGAUUCUCGGGGUAUGCCGAGGCCCAGCUGAGACAGUACCAGAGAUUGACGAAGCAGAUCAAGCCUGAUAUGGAAAACUAUGAGAAACAGAAAGAAGAGUGUGGAGAAGAUUUCCACCCCACCUCCAACAGUCUGAUUUACGGCACUCACGUUCCCUCUAAGGACAGCAUCAACCGAAUGGUGGACGACGUAGAGAAACAGAUCGAAAAGCGAGCGAAAUACAGCCGCCGCAGAGCUUACAAUGACGACGCUGACAUCGAUUACAUCAACGAGAGAAACGCCAAGUUCAACAAGAAGGCCGAACGUUUCUACGGCAAAUACACGGCAGAGAUCAAGCAGAACCUGGAGAGAGGAACCGCCGUGUAAACCUACACCUGCAUCCAGAACUCACAAACCAAGAUUUUAAAGGAAUGCUUCUUCUUUUUUCUCAUUUUACUUCUUUAAACGAGUGUAAAAGUAAUUUUUCUUUCAUAUUAUUUUAGUUUAAUUCAGCAUUGUAAGAGUGGAUAUCUUCCUGUAAGUGUAUUUGCUGUUUUGUGUAUAAAUCUAUUCAUUUCUUCAGCAGUUGACCUCUGGGUCCAUUAAAAACAUUUUCAUAUGAAA